AUGUUUUGCCGGUUACGAUUAAGUAGUUGUGGAUGUCCGAUUGGAGUGUUCCACAGAAAAUUAAGCUCAGCAGAAGUUUCGACAGCCUUGAGACCGUUCUAUUUUCGGGUUCAUCCUGAUUUGUUCGGAAAGUAUCCAGAACAAAGGAAAAUUAAUGAAAUAUCUUUACAACAGCUUAGUGCACUAUUGGAAGCUCAGCAGUCCAGUCGAAAUAUAGCAACACCAAUAUUGCCUUUUUAUUUAAGAAAAAAUGAUAUGCCGGAUGGUCAAUUUGAAUUAGUAAAAAUUAAGUUGGAUAGUAAUGAUUUAAGAGAAACUGUUGUAAAAGUUUUAAAUGCCUGUGAUAUUUCUACUAGUUACAUUGACAAAAUACCAAGAAUGAAACAAGAUAAGGGGAGACUGGUCAGAGAAGAAUUUAAUGAAGCAUAUGAAAAGUAUAAGGAUGAGUUUGAUAAGGCAACCAGAAUGAAAAGGAAAGUUGAUGAAAAGAAAGCUAUAACUAAUGUAAUUGAUUGGAUUUCAGAAAACAGCCAGCAAGCCAAGGAAAAAUAUGAAUCGACACAAGCAACAAGAGGCCAAGUCAAAUCACUUAUUGAGCAACUUUGCAAGACCUAUGGUAUAAAAGAAGUUAAGUAUGACAGUGGGUGGAAUAUAAGCCAUAUUAGAGGGGCUUUGCAGAGUCUAACGUCUAUGGCAUCACAACAUCCACAACACAUGGAUAACUUAAAAGAUCGAACAAUAGCUCUUGGGCAGUUUACUGGUGUAAGCUUGGAUGGAGAUGUAUACCUUAAUAUAAUUGACGUUAGGCAUGACUCAUUAAAAAAAGUCAGCCAAGAGGAUAGUGCAUUAACGGAGAUACCUCAAUAUGAGAAGGCGCUGUCAAGUAUUCUACGAAAUAUUCACAUUUGUAGAAGAAAGUUUAUGCCGAAGGUAUCGGCAGCUCAAUAUUGUAGUCAUUUGCGACAAUUAAUAACAUCUAUUGGCGAUUUUUAUGGACGGGGAAGUAAAAUUCCUGAUACUGUGCCCGAAUCAUUACAAAAAUAUGAAAUCGUUGUUGAACCGGAAGCGGGGCCUCUAAUGGUGUCACCAACCGGUCAGUUUAUAACGCCAUCAUCAUGUCCAGCGGAUGAAUUGAUUGCUUUCAUAGCUAAACACCUUGACGACGCAAUGCUCCUUUUGACUGAGUAUAGCAUAAAUAAACAUGUUGAAAAAGCAUUGUAUAAGGAAGUAAAAGAACGAUUCCAAUUGUUAGACCUAAUUAAAGAUGACAGUAUUACACCUGGGCUGAUGAUACUCUGCUGCCAAAGGCUUCUUACUCGGAUUGACACCAUAGACGAGAAACUGCGAGGAAAUAUUCUGUAUGUGACCCACUACUAUUCUGUACUCUCCGAGGGAGUUUUAUGUAUACCAUGGAAUUUCAAGUGA